AAUCUACUAGUUCCAGCAGAAGCAGUAGGAAAGACGUUAAUGGUUCAAACGACUGCAGUUAUUAAGUCUUAGCAAUGUGUUUGUUCUCCUUAACCACAAUAUCAAUGGCUCCUCCAAUGGAGCCUCAUGUAAAUAACACAGUAUUCCAUUCCUCUCAAUCAAAGGUCAUAAGCCCAAUUUUGACAAGAACGAGAAUUGCAGCAAGCCCCUUAAUCAUGUGUUGCUCCAAUUCCAAUUCUUCUUUUACGACAACAACAACAACACAAAACAUGGGUCCUCCAGUUAUUAAAAAGAGAAAGAGAUACAGGAAGCCCUACCCAGGAGAGAAAAAGGGCAUCACUGAAGAAAUGAGAUUUGUUGCUAUGAGGCUUCGCAAUCUCAAAGGAAAAUAUACCCACAAGUCCGCUAGCAGUGAUGACGAAGACGAUAAUGAGUCCAGAAAUUCACAAAACAACAACAACGAAUUAGAUGAAAAAGAAGAAGAGGGUGCGCUUGAUGGGGAAACUUGGGUUGCCAGUAUGGAAGGAUUCGUUAAGUAUCUGGUUGACAGCAAACUCGUUUUCGACACUAUCGAGCGCAUUGUAGAUAAAUCCGAUGACGUUUCUUAUACCUAUUUUAGAAGAACUGGAUUGGAACGAUCACAGGGGAUUGCAAAAGACCUUGAGUGGUUUAGCCAACAGGAUAUUGCUAUUCCUGAACCCAGUGCUCCUGGAGUUUCAUAUGCCAAGUAUUUAAAUGAGCUUGCAGAGAAGAGUGCUCCUUUGUUUCUCUGUCAUUUCUAUAAUAUAUACUUCUCACAUAUAGCAGGAGGUCAAGUGAUAGCGAGACAGGUCUCUGAAAAGAUCCUAAAAGGAAGAGAGUUGGAAUUCUACAGAUGGGAUGGAGAUGUUCAAGAAUUGUUGAAGGGCACACGUGAGAAUCUUAAUAUGCUUGGAGAGCACUGGUCUCGAGAUGUGAAAAACAAAUGUUUAAAAGAAGCAACAAAGUCAUUCAGGUAUUUGGGGCAGAUAGUUCGGUUGAUCAUCUCAUGAAGAAAAGUUGUUUUCGCAUUCAACAAUGUUGGGCAGUUUGUUCUUGGAGCAAGAUCAAACUUUGCAAUGCAAUGGGAUUGCAGGAGAUAACUGAGAAAAGGAAGCUCUUUUAUUUCUAGACACGGAACAGCUUACGCUUCAGUGACACUGUUAUAUCGUAAAUACAGCAAUUUCAGAGCAGGAAGCAGCAUUUUCUUUUUUUUUGGUCAUGUAUCAUGGAAGAUCGUCUCCAUUGUCUCUCUUGAAUCCUCAAGUGUACAAACGACAAGGCUUGAUUUGGCUAUAUACUAAUAUAUGUAUUGUAUGAAUUGCUUUACCAACAAAGCCAAGUUGUUUGAUGAUAAUAACAUUAGAAACUCAAACAGAACUUAACCAUAAUAAAACAUAUCAACACAAAAAAAGUACCUACAAAAGGAGCUGAAAGGCAAGUUUAGGGAGACAAUUUCUCGCGUGGGAGUCACAACUCUGUAAAGGUGAGUAUUUCUUUA